UCCCUUCGCCAGAGAAUCUACCCCAAAAAUGGCAGUUUCGUACAACGCCUCCAAUUUGUUCAUGACGGGUGUGGUGGUUUGGUGUUGUUUGAUUGUAAUUAUGGCCCAAGAAGAACCACAUCAUCAUCUAUCUAGACAAAUCUUCUUAAUGUCCCAUCCGUUUAAAUUUGCAAAUAACUUCCCAUUACCUUACUACAAUUAUCGCGGACAACCCGUUAUGAUGUCAACAGGAAGAACCCUCACUCCAAACACGAAUGUGCCUUACAUUUAUCCGCCCUGGUUGUCAGGUGAUUCCCACGUUGAGAGGAGAUAUAACAGUCGCAGCACAGGUGCAAACAUUUUUUUACGGCCACACGCAAAAGAAUGUCUUAAAGAUAAUGUUGCAACUGAUGGUGGCCGCACCUGCAAGGCAUCAUCACGAGCAAGUAGUGGCUCCAUAGACAUUAAAUUUAGCGAAAUUAAUCAAGUAGCUUACGUCGAUAUCACGGCCCCGAAGUAUUUCAGUGUUACGCUAAUUUGUACGGACGUAACUGAUACUGCAGUCUUUACACGAGGUGGUCAAAUCAAGGAAGCGGCUGAUACACCAAGAACACAAGCUGGCUACAUGAGCAUUGUAUCGACUAGUACGGCAAAGACGGGCACAUUAAAAUGUUCAUGGUUCUCCCGUCCUAACUGACACUACAACGCAUUUUCUAUCAAAAUUGCUUAUCUUCUAUUCUCCCGCUGACUUUGGCAUGAUGC